AUGUCUGCAAUUAGAAGUACACAGAUGAUUAAACCAUUCAGAUGCGUCAAUGCUCCAAAGAACAAAUUCUCCGCAGCUGAAGAUGAAAUGCUCAGGAACCUUGUUAGGAAGUAUGGCGAAAAUGAAUGGGAUUUAAUCUCGCAAGUUCUAGGUACUAAGAAUUCCAGACAAUGUCAUGAUCGAUGGGUAUAUAACUUAUCACCAAAAGUUAACAAAAAGCCUUUUACUGAAGAAGAAGAUCAGAAGUUAUUGGACUUAGUAGAAAAUCUAGGUCCACACUGGGUUCAAAUAUCUAAAAGAAUGCCGGGUAGAACAGAUACACAGAUUAAGAAUCGUUACAAAGUACUCAAGAGACGAGUUAAUUCCAUAAUUAAAAAUAUUAAAUUUGAUUUAUUCCCACGAUAUAUAAUGUAUUUUCAAUUUUUAGACUCCUUUAAAUUGAAUAUAAUUAUGCCUAAAUUUUAG